GAGAAGGGGAGAGAGAGAGUAUGUGUCUCCCCCCAGCACAUUAAUCUAUCAUGAGCUAAUGUGUUUUGCCCAUUCUGUUCCUUUGUACUAUCGCCAAGGCGUGCGCGCACACACACACACUCACCCGCACACACACACACACACUCACCCGCACUCUCUUGUUGCACUUCUGCCACCGAGCUCUGAUGGUUGGCUGGGCCUGAGCGAGUCCGCGAGAGACAGAGAGAGAGAGAAAGAAAGAAAGAGAGAGGCAGAGUGACUGACAGACAAGGCAGACGGAGGCAGAGGAACAAAGCCGAGACAACAAUGGGAAAUACACCGUCUCAAGGCGUCGGGCGAAUUGCAGGAGGGAAGAAACCUGGACUCUGUUCCCUUUGUUUAAAGUCACCAGAUCCCGAGAGGACCAGCGCCCACAUGAUCUCAGCAGACGAUGCAGAAUAUCCACGGGAAUACCGGACCCUGGGCAAUGGCACACGCCGAUUCUCCAACGUAGGCCUGGUGCACACCUCGGAGCGCCGGCACACGGUCAUCGCUGCCCAGAGCCUGGAGGCCCUGACAGGGCUCCAGAAGUCUGAGAUGGAACGGAAGCGAGAUGCUUUCAUGGACCACUUGAAGAGCAAAUACCCCCAGCAUGCUUUGGCCAUCCGAGGACAGCAGGAGAGGAUCCGGGACCAGCAACCAAACUACUGGAGCUUUAAGCCCCUCCUGGAAAUGUGGCAGCCCCAUCUAGCAAGGAAGGCUGGCUAUAGCCCUGAUCGACCAGCCAAGAAGGAGGAGGAGGAUCAGGCGAGAGAGACCCACACGAUUGGUCCUGCCCACAUGGUUCAAUAUACAGAUGCUUACUGCAGCAGUGUGGGAUCGCCACGAAGAAGCAGUUCCCACACCGCUGAGACCCGAAGCUCCCGGCACUCACAGGGCUCUCAGCCUGGCCUGGCCGAUCAAGCCAAACUCUCCUUUGCUUCUGCCGAGUCUCUGGAAACCAUGUCUGAAGCUGAGCUGCCCAUUGGGUUUAACAGGAUGAACCGGUUCCGGCAAAGCUUGCCUUUGUCCCGUUCCACCAGCCAAACAAAACUCCGGUCUCCAGGUGUCCUUUUCCUGCAGUUUGGGGAUGAAACAAGACGGGUUCACAUCACCCACGAAAUCAGCAGCAUGGACACUCUGCAUGCCCUUAUUGUCCACAUGUUUCCUCAGAAGCUGACAAUGGGCAUGCUCAAGUCCCCCAACACUGCCAUCCUGAUCAAGGACGAAUCCCGUAACGUCUUCUAUGAGCUGGAGGAUGUCAGGGAUAUCCAGGAUAGGAGCAUUAUCAAAAUCUACCGGAAAGAGCCCCUUUAUGCUUCCUUCCCCGGAUCCCACAUCACCAAUGGAGACCUGAGGAGAGAGAUGGUCUACACUUCCAGGGAGUCCUCUCCCACCCGGCGCCUAAACAGCAUGUCACCUGCUUCUCACCUCACCUCUGGAUCGCCUCCACCAGUGCUCCAGUCGUCUUCGCCGUCCCGCUCCCGCAUGUCCUACAGCGGUGGCCGCCCGCCUUCCUACGCCGGGAGCCCCGUGCACCAUGGCGAGCGUCUCUCCAACCUUCCUCCAGCCCAGGGGGUCUCGCCGAGCCCAAGCGCUAUCCUGGAACGCCGGGACGUCAAGCCAGACGAAGACAUGGCCGGGAAGAACAUGGUGCUUGUGAAGAACGAGGGCCUGUAUGCCGACCCCUACAGCAUGGUGCACGAGGGGCGCCUGAGCAUCACGUCCACGCAGUCCCUGGCUGGGAUGGGGGACCCCUUUGCCUACCCAGGGGGCCUCUACAAGCGGGGCUCUGUCCGCUCCCUCAGCACCUACUCAGCUGCUGCCCUGCAGUCCGAACUGGAAGACAGCUUGUAUAAGCCCAACGCACAGAUCUACAGCGACACCUACGGUCCGGGGAUGGGCUUCCGCUUGCCCCCUUCAUCGCCGCAGAAAAUUGCCGACGGCCGGCUGGUAGACGUUCAGCAGAGCCAAAGCCCCCACAGCCCUUACUCCGGGCCCCCAAGCCGUUCCUCUCCAGUCCGCCAGACCUUCCGCAAAGACUCUUGCUCCUCGGUCUUCAUGGAAAGCCCUGUCAACAAGCCAAGGAACCCCAGCUCUUCAGGGCCCCCAGAGCUCUUCCCUGGACCUGGGGAACGCCCCCUUUCUGGGUUCAGCUCACCUGUGCCUGCCAAGGAUACGGAGACAAGGGACCGCAUGGAAGCCAUGGAGAAGCAGAUUGCCAGCCUCACAGGACUGGUGCAGAGUGCCCUGAUGCGAAGCUCCGACACAGAAAAUCCUAGUGAGAGGACAGAAGGGACUAACGGAGGGACACCUCCUUCAGCACCCCCCAGCAGAAGCAACGUUGGGACACCUGUACCUGGUCCUCCACCCCCACCCACUUCUGGGACACCGGCUGGGCAGCCCACUGCCAUCACCCGUCUACACAUGCAGCUGCAUCUUCACGACCUGCAGCAGAAUGCCAGCGACCUCCGCAACCAGCUGCAGCAGCUGAAGAAACUGCAGCUUCAAAACCAAGAGACGGUGAAGACGAUGCUGAGGCGGACAGAGACGGAGAUCAGCGUGAGAGUGACAGACACCAUGCGCAAGCAGGAGGAUCCCCUGCAGCGCCAGCGCACCCUGGUGGAAGAGGAGCGCCUCCGCUACCUCAACGAGGAAGAGCUCAUCACCCAACAGCUAAACGACCUGGAGAAAUCGGUGGAGAGGAUCCAGAAAGAUUUGAUGCACAAUCACCGAAUUAUCUCCUCGCAAGAGCUGGAGGAGAAAUCCCUGGUGCUUAAACAGCUGGGAGAUACCUUGACCGAGCUGAAAGCUAAUUUCCCCAGCCUGCAGAGCAAAAUGCGCGUGGUCCUCCGCGUGGAGGUGGAGGCCGUGAAGUUCCUCAAGGAAGAGCCUCACCGGCUGGACGGCCUAUUCAAGCGGUGCAAGGCAGUGACCGACACCCUGACGCAAGUCCGCAAGCAAGUUGACGAAGGGGUCUGGGACUCGUCCAGUAACCUCCUCAGCCAGUCUCCAAAGAAAGUGGAGCCAGAAAGUGACUUCAGCAGGGGCUUGGAUUUCGAGGUACCCACCAGCCCCCCAAUGAACCUCCACGACCUGACUGCUUCCACGGACAGCCUGGGCACGAGCAGCUACGGGCAGAGCCAAAUGCAGAGCCACUUGUCCAAGGGUAGCAACCCAUCCCGGGGUUCAGAGAUGGUUGCUGCCAAGACCCAGACAGGCUCCGAGACCCCCAGCAAGAGGAGCGUGGACAGAUCAGUGUCUAUGGAGGCUGCCGAGCGAGACUGGGAGGAAAAGCGAGCAGCCUUGACCCAGUACAGCGCCAAGGAUAUUAACCGCCUCCUGGAAGAGACCCAAGCUGAGCUUAUGAAAGCCAUCCCUGACUUGGAGUUUGCGGCCAAGCACAAGCAGACCUCCAGCAGCGGGGGCAGUGGGAGCGCCGCCUCCACCCCAGAGCACAAGCCCUCCAAACCCCAACAUGCACAGAAGGCCACAACCAAAAUGGACCCCAGCGGCCGCCGCGGAUCAGAUGAGUUGACGGUGCCCAGAUAUCGGACUGAGAAGCCCUCCAAGUCUCCUCCCCCACCCCCACCUCGGCGGAGUUUCCCAUCUUCCCACGGUCUCACGACCACCCGUACAGGAGAGGUGAUCGUCACCAGCAAAAAGGAAUCCAGUUUCAUGAAGAAAGCUGAAUCAGAAGAGCUGGAGACCCAGAAGCCGCAGGUGAAGCUGCGGAGGACUGUGUCAGAGGUCGCUAGGCCUGCCUCAACGCCCCCCAUCAUUGCCUCUGCCAUCAAAGAUGAUGACGAGGAAGACCGGAUCAUUGCAGAGCUCGAGGUAUUUCAGAGAAGCUCUUCAUUUAUUCCUAAGUUCCAUUGUGACCAGCUCGCCCCUGCCGCAGACAUGUGGCCCAAUGGGGCCACCAUAGCAGCCGAAGGAUGGAAGAGCGGCGGUGGCGUCUCGAUCCCUGCCAUGAAGAUGGUCAAUCCUGCGUCACGGCUGAAGCAAACCCAGCAAGGCAGCCCCGACAAGAGCAAGCACAUAAAGCAACGCAUGGAGUACAUGCGCAUCCAGGGACAACAACAGGCCGCUAGAUCAACCAAGGACCCUAACACGAUGAAUGAGACUUCAAGCCCAGUCUCAGAAAAGCCUACUUCAAGCAGGACCUCCAUCCCAGUACUGACUUCCUUUGGGUCACGGAACUCCUCCAUUUCAUUCUAAAAGCUCCUCUGCCAACUUCUCCUUUGGUGGUUUUCCUAACCUACUACUACUGGGGGACUGGGGAGUGCUUGCUGUCUCUCUUUGUGAUUUCCUCCUCCCCAGGUCUCACUGAGGCACCUAGAAAAGUCCCUCCCCUCAGACGUUUUAAAAUGGUCCUUCAAAAAUGGCCGCCCUGCGGUUCUCAUUUCCUCCUACAAAAUGGCCAGCCUUGGGACUUGGUUCUUGCUCCCCACAGGGCCGCCUACCAAUAUCCAGAAUGGCCAAUUUAGUUUGCUCUCUUGUCUUCUUCCCCCAAAUUGCCCAACCUAUUUAUUCUUUUCCUCCCCUCUUGCUACAAUAUGGCUGCCCAUCUGUUUUCUGUUUCCCCUCAGAUCUCCCAACCCCCUUCCUUUGCCCCACUCCCCAUCCAUCCCAAACUCAACUUUUCUACUCUGGCAACAACUUAGCGUUGUUCAUGUAUAAAGAACAAUUAAGAAUUAUUUUUAUUUAUAUUUUUGCCAGUUGCCACAGCCUGCAAGCAACGACGACACUGCUCAGUGCCAGUCUUCGCUUUUCCUUUAUGAGGGGGUGGGAGAAAGGGGCAGAAUCACUACAGAGGCUUAUAAAAGGGGAGGGGAGCAACCAAUUUCUGAAGAUGCCUCAGAACCCCAUGGACAUUUGCUGCUAUUCAACUUUCCUUACAUUUAAGAACAGAGAGAAAAAAAGUUGUAAUUAAUAGAUUAACGUGGAUCCUUGUAGGUGUGUGCUGAGUCAUUCAUGAAUCAACGGUGUUUUGACUUUGGGGCAUGUGUAUGCUUCCAUUUUGUGGGAUUCUGUUGUUUACUUGCUGUAUCAAAGACUGUUCUGGAAAGUGGGGCGGAACUUGUGUGUGCGUGCGUGCGCAUCGCAAACCGAAAUAUCUGUGUGUGGUGUUGUGUAUUUUUUUCUUUCUUUCUUCCAAGCCAUUGGAUUAAAUUUGGAAGAAAAGCAAAGACUGGGGGGGGUGAAGCACUGAAUUUUGAGCCUGUAAUAAAUGCUCCCCCUGCCCCCUCAAUCUUCUCAACCAUGCAGAAGCAACGUACUGUUAAGAAAGGGGAAAGGAGACUGUUAUAAGAAGGGGCACAGAGCCAAAGCAGGCAGCAGAACGAUGUUGAGAACAGGGUCCGGAAACAGAAAAGUCCAGCUUCCUAUGGAAUUAAUCAACAUAAUGUAGCACUUUAAAUGUCCGUUGAGUUACUAUAUAUGUGAGAUGGGGGGAAAGAGCCCUCAAAACGUGUGGAAUACCAAAUAGAGGAGGCAGGUUUCAGGGAGACCACGGUGUCAGGGUAUCAAAGAAACUGGGCGGUGAAGGAGAGUUUGGGGAGAAUUUGGAGAAGGCUGAAGGAGGUGAAAUUAGGCCCUUUUCUAAGCACGAGGUUUUGGUGGGCAAAAGACAGUGGAGGCAGGUGAACAGGCGACUCUCCUUUGCUCGGUUCCUGCAAAGGGUCCUCCUAGGAUGGACUAUGGAGCCUUGCUGGAAAAAGAAAAGCACUCCGUAGCAAGGAUGGCUGGCAUGGGCAGAAAUUACACCCAACCGCCUGUGGAGCUUCUUCCAGGCCAGGAGAAGAGGAUAUCAGGGCUGUAGAGCGAAACAAAGGACUGUUGGGAAAGUCCUUUGUUUCAGUGGGGUUUGCACAGGAGAAUUCCCCUUUGGAUUGUGCCCCCAAAUAAGACUGGCACAGAGGGUUUUUUUUAGAAGGCUUAGUCCUGCUGAUGGGGUGAUUGGCCAUGAAGCUCAAGUUUAUACCCCUGGGGACCUUCCUCUUGGGCUUGGAUGGGGGGGGGGAACAGCUUUGGGUGAAAGGUUUGGUGGGUUAUUAGAGCUGUGUUUAUUCUCGAUCUGCGAGAGGUGGAAGCUUUUGUUUUUUUCCUGAAAGGUUGCGCGUGGCAUUUGAGCUGCGGAAAGCACAGUGCAGAGUUGGAAAAGGAUAACGAUGACAGCACAAGGAGGGAGAUACAAGUGAGGCAUGGGGAUGUGGGAGGAGGAAAGGAUGUCGUAUGUCAACAGCUGAGUCGCAAAGGCAGAACGUGAAACACUGUCGGGCCCAGCGAGAAAGUCGGGGAGAGUUUGUAGCCAUGGAGGCUUUCUUCAGCUAAAAGUACAAUGCGUAGGUGUGUGUUCGGAAUGGCAGUCCGGGGUGGGGGGAUGUUCCUUGCAAGGUCAUCCUGCACAAGAGUCAUUGAAUGAACAGGAAACAGCCUUCACCAGCUUGGUGCCCCUCCGAUGUAUUGCACUACAACUCCCAUCAGCACCAGCCAGUGUGUGCUGAUGGGAGUUGUAGUCCAAAACAGCCACAGCUCGGCAGGCUGGAGCAGGUUGGUUGGCCUAAAACGUUAAGCACAGGUGGAAAAUGGAAAAAUAUAUUAAUGUGGCAUGGGUGCACAUGUGAAAACGUGCCUCUACAUGUAUAGCAAAAUGGCGUGCUACUGUAAAAAGUAAAAGAAAAGAAAUGAGUCUGUAUGCAACAUAAUACAAGAUGUAAUCACUCCUUGUUUUGUUGACUAGCUCGUCCUUUUUAAUUCUAUUAUUCUCAGAAUAUUUUGGUGGGGGGGAACGCUGCGGGGAAUUGGUUUUUUAUGGUUUUUCUUCUUUUCUUUUUCUUUUUUGUAAAUCAAUCAUUUUUGUAUAAAGAUUUUAAGAGAGCCUUUUUUUGAAUAACAAAGUUUUAAAAAAAGUCAAAAAAAUCAAAUAUGUAACAACAAACAGCAACAAACAACAGUCCAUAAAUGCAAUUUCUUAGGAUUGCAGCAAACAAACAUGGAAGAAAAAAAGCAACCUCUUUACAUUUAAGUGAAGUGUCUUAACAUUUUAUAUAUUUGUUUUAAGAAAUAUAUUUACAUAUUAUAUAUAUAUAAUAUACGUAAUAUAAAUAUAUAUAUAUAAAUACUGAGGAAAAAAGAAAACAAAAUCCUUGUUGUGUCUAGUAUAUUUAGGGGGGGAGGAAGAAUGGUGUGUGUUUUUCCCCCUGAUUAAAUUAUGUAUGUAGCUCUUUGUACUUUUAGAAACUAUCAAAGGUGGCUGGGGUGAUGAUGAUGGUGCAAAAUAGAGCCAGAGGCCACGAUCCACAGGGGAGCGUUUUGCUCUUGGGCAGCUCCAAUCCUGUCUAUGGGGCUCACACCAGAGUCGUUCCCUGCUGGGCUGGGUCUUUCAGAGUUUAGAAACCCUUCCGCAAAGCUAACAUUCCAUCUCUGGGGCUUGCUAUUGUCUGUUUCCGAUUGUCUGUUACUUUCAUAUUCCCUCUCUAUGUCCAUCACUGGCACGAAUGGAGCCGACAGUGUCCACUAUCCCAUUGCAUCUUCCUUCAUGAGAAUUCUCUUGUUUUGCAGCCCACAGGGACCAAGGCCUGACAGAGCAGGGGAGGGGAGGCAGGGUUUUGAGCCACUGACCAGGGGCUUUAAAGACAUGUCCACUUCAUAACUGGCUUCCCCACCUCAGUAGGGUGGUCUACUCUACACAGUGUUGGGAGGAGUCCUCUACUUACAGGGCAGUUGCAUCCAAGUUGGGUUUAAAGGUAAAGAAUCCUUGCAAGGGAGAUCAAGCAGGCGCCUAAAAGUUGCCCAUCUUCAGUCGCUGCCUGGAGAGAAGAGCAGAGACAGAGCGGGCCACCUGGUCACCGACUUCCCCAUCAUGAUGAGAUGCUUUGCAUUUCUAUUUGAAAUUAUAACAGCUGUUUCUAAAUUUAUAUCUACACAGGCACAUUUUUGUGAAAAUGCGUCUCCCCUUUUGCGUGAAUUCAUUUCCUCCUUUCUGGCAAUGUGUGAGUUGCCUUGGCAUUGUUAUGUUGGCGUUUGCCUCAAGGGUUUAAAGGCCUUUCCCCUCCCCAGGGAACCCUGUUCUGUGAGACAGGUUAGGGAUCUUUCAUGCAGAAUUCUUAGCAGCUCAGCAAACUAUCUUUUAUAGGAUUUUUGGGGGGGGGACUCUAUGGCAGUUAAAGAGGUAGAAAAAAGUGUGUAGAAUUGCCCUUACAAUGUCUGUUCUGUGAGGCUUCAGAAGAGAAGGGAUGCUUGUUUAAGGCACACACACAGACAUGAUUCUGGAGUAAGACCAAUUUCCAAAUAGCUAUGCACUCACAUAAUAAGGAGUAGCUUGAGGUGGCCAAACACCUCUUAGGCAGACUUCCUCAAUCUCGUUCUUGCCAGACUGCACCUUCCAACACAGCCAUGCUGGCUGGGGCUGGUGGGAGUUGUAGUCCAAAAUGUCUGGAGAGCGGCAUAUGAAGGGGAGGAAGUAAACAGCCAUUUCACCUGCAGAACAGGAACACGGGGUCAGAAUCCAAGGGACUGGGAGAAAAACGAUCAAUCACUUUAGUUCAAAACUGGAGAUACACUUCACAACCAGGGAUGCAUUGGAGGCAAUGCUAGUUCUGCAGAGUUGCAAAAUCUAAAGCACAGGGUUUUAGAGCACAGACGGUACUUUAGGGUUGAGAGCCUUUACAGCAUAGGAUCACCGUUAAUCUGGAUUAAGAGUCAUCAUCUGCCGGCUCUGGCGUAUUUACUCACACUCAAUAAUGUGGAUGUAGAAACCCCGGUUAACCCUUCAGCAUGCACUGAAAGGAGAAGGAAAUUCAGCAUUUUCUCCACUCACUUAACCACAGCUGCUGUGACUAAGGGAUGAGAGGAUUUCCCCUCAUUUCAGUCCGUUCUUGCUCCACGGGCUCUCUGCACUCCUGCCUUCUGCUCCACCUCUCUUCAGAUUUAAUCUGGAGAGUUUCUGUAAUUUAUUUUGGGCGGUGCAUGCACAUCUUGCUGCUGGGAAUUCCUUUUUGUGUUUUUAGUCAAUGCACAUAAUCACCAGGACACAGGGAAAAUCAGACUCAGAUUGAAAGUGAUGGGGAGCCAAUACAGCCCUCAUCUGCUAUGUCUACACACAUGGUCCUAGCAUGAAUCAAAAUCCCUACCCAACACAUACUUAAGUGCUGCGUGAGAGUGAGUACUAAAGGGUAGAAAAAAAAUACAAACUUUGUUAAUGAAUACCCAAUUUAUAGGAGAACAGAAAAGUGGGGAAUGUUCACACACAUUUUGCCCACGAUGCACAGAGGCUGUAACUGCCCAGUUGAUGUUAAGUGUUAGCAUUUGUUAGAUCCCUGCUCUGUUGAUGUGGAAAAGGGAGAGAGAAUGCUGUUUUUCUGGUAAUAGCUUUUACAGUAAUUCUGAAUGCACUCUUUUCACCUUCUUUAGCCUUACCAGGUCUUGGAUUAUCUGAUGAUGCAGCCUUGCCAAAGCUCAGUUGGGGCUGCACUUGAUCACAAAGGGGUUGUAUCCAGCAAAGUUAUCAUGUUAACGCAGGUGUGGGGAAUCUCUCUCUCUCCCCCCACCCCAAUGUUACUGAACCCCAUCUCCUAUCAACCCAGGCUAUGGGAGUUGGAGUUUAGCAAUGUGUGGGGAAACCAAAUGUUCCCAUUAACUCCACUAGCACAAGAACAACUGAUUGUUCAAUUGGGCUUCCUCUCCCCCUCUUCCAGUGCCUCCCCCCACAAAUCUGUUCUGGAGUUUUCCCCGACCCUCUGGAGCAGAUUGGGGGAGGAGCUUAGGGGAUAUUCAGGGAGAAGAGAGGGAGAGGAAAUCGCGCUGGACUUCCACUAACAGGAUGACUUUGUUGGACACAACCCUAGGAUCCAUGUGGACCUCUUUGGAGAACCCAUUGUUUUGUACUCUGAGCAAGGGAAGAUGCAUGUUGCUAUGCCUGUGCGCAUAGUGAUGUGCAGACUACCAUAUGCAGGGAAUGGUGCAUACAUGGGCACGGGCUAGCCUUAUCGCAUGGUAAGGUGCAGUGAUAGCCUUUUGUCCCUAAUAAGAGUAGCAGUGAGAGACAGAGCACCAUUAAAGUGAAGAGGUGCUAUCCUGCUCAUUUGAAGCAAGACUUGUGCAGGAGAAUGCUUUCCCACUUUAAUGAAUAUUUGGAGGGGGCGGCGGGAAA